UGGAAGACGAGACAGAUGUACACAACAAAUUAACUAAUGUUGGUGAUUUUCCGAUGAUUAAACAGUUGAAAUUCCAAGAAACAAAGCUAGAAACUCCUAAAGAACGUAACUUUAUGCUUGUUAGCAGAAUACAAGAAACAUGAAUAAUUAUGAACAGUUCGGAAGUCAUGAUGAAUCAAAAUCGCCCCCAGAGCUUGCUGUUACAUCUGAGACUGCUGGGGGUCAGGAGAAUUCGGGCGAUGUACAAAUAAGAAUGGAUAACAAUGCAUCAAAUGAUGGAACUCUUCAAAUUUACAAAUCAGAUGCCAAAGAAGAUGUUGAAUAUGUGGAGGAUCCAGGAGCAAAAGAGAAUCCGAGAACAGGGAUCGAGGGAUUGCAGUGGAUUGUAAAAAGCAUCCUGGAACACAUAGUAUUUAGACUUGUAACUGUAUUGCUGAUUAUUAUGGACUUUAUUUUUGUCAUUGUGGAACUUGCAGACAAUGACUGUUCAAAAAACAGAGAGACUUUGGAACUUCUGUCACAUGUGUUAAUAAGCUACUUUAUGCUGGAGGUUUUCUUUCGAAUUUUCUAUCAAGGGAAAUUAUUGCUGACAGAAUGCCGUGUGUUAGAGCUGGUGGACAUAGGUGUGGUCACCAUCUCUUUUAUUGUGGAUGUCACAUUUCUAGUUAUUGCAGAAGGAACUUCUUGUGCUAAUAAUUAUGCUAAGUUGUUGAUUAUUGGUCGUGUAGUAAGGAUAUUACGAAUUGCCAGGAUAAUAUUUUUAAUGGUUCAGCAAAAGAGACACAUAGCCACAGCUUCCAGGAGAAUUGUUUCACAAAACAAGCGGCGAUACCAGAGAGACGGAUUUGAUUUGGAUCUGUGCUAUAUUACUGAGCGAGUGAUUGCUAUGUCCUUCCCAUCAAAGGGAAUGAUGGCCAUGUAUCGCAACAGUGUCCAUGAAGUUGCAAGAUUCUUUAAUACCAAACACAAGGGUCACUACAGGAUUUACAAUCUAUGUAGCGAGAGAGAUUAUGAUGAAACCCUCUUUAAUAAUUGUGUGGAGAGAGUUUAUAUAGAUGAUCACAAUGUCCCAAGGCUAAGGGAGAUGGUAGCCUUUUGUGCCAAUGUAGAGGAAUGGAUGGAGCAAGACAAACGUAAUGUUAUUGCUAUACAUUGUAAAGGUGGCAAAGGACGGACAGGCACAAUGAUCUGUACAUGGCUGGUACACUGUGGAAUAUUUGAUGAAGCUCAGGAGAGUUUAGACUACUUUGGAGACAGAAGAACAGAUCUUUCUGUGGGUAAAACAUUUCAGGGUGUGGAAACACCAAGUCAGAGCAGAUAUGUAGGAUAUUUUGAGAAAGUAAAAAAAGAAUUGGGAGGACAAGUACCACCAGAGAAAAAGAAACGAAUUACAUCAGUCAAAAUAGAAGGAUUAGAAGGUGUGGGAAAUGGAGAUGGGAGUGACCUCUCCAUGGAGAUCAGAGUGGAUGGAUUACUGAUCUAUGAAUGCAGAUUUGGAGACAACAUGAACUGCCAGGUGACAAAAUACACAGAUACACACAGUGUGGUGGCUAAUUUAGAGAACAGUCCUGUUAUUGUGGAUGAUGUGAAAAUAAGAUUUUUCUCCACAAGUAAAAACAUUCCCCAGGUUUAUGAUCAUUGUGCCUUCUUCUUCUGGUUUCACACGUACUUCAUUGAGGAAAAUAGGCUAUAUCUAAGCAGAGAUGAAAUUGACAACCCUCACAAGAAAAAGGCAAAAACUGUGUAUAAAGAGGACUUUGCUGUUGAGCUCAAGUUUGAGGAUGUCAAAGAAUGAGUGUGACAUUUAUAGACAAUAAAGAAAACUUGUUUGAUAAGUUAGUAAUAACAAUUUAUGAAGAGGAUUUGAAAGACAUUUAUUUCACAAUGUACAUCUACAAGAUAUGUCAGUGCUAAAUUAGUAUAUACCUAAUUCAAUGAUUACUUCUUUUAAAUACAUGUACAAUCAUAUACAUGUAGUUUUGUUGAGUUAAAACUUGUUUGGUUGUACUCAACUUGUCAGCUGAUACACAAGUAUUUUGUAGCUAGUUAUAUACAUUUGUACUGUAAUUUUUUUUAAAAUUCUUAAUUCAUGUUUGAGAUUAUUUACAAUACUCAGAAAAAGACUUUUUCCAAUGCAUAACACUUUGACUCAAAUGUUUCUUCCUUGGUCAGUAUCAAAACUGUGAUAUCAAAAAUCACCCAUCAUUGUUACACUUUCAACAUUGUAGCAUUAUGGGAGUGAAAUUCGAAUAACAAAGACUGGUUGUAUGAUAUUGGUUGUAAUACUUGAGAGUAUGUUUAUUGUUGACAGAACCCUGAUGUUAUCAGACCAUACCUGUUUUCAGUUGUGAUAGAAUUGAAUUGUUUCAUUUGAAUCCAUAUGGAAGUCAUGUUCUUUGCCAGUUACAUAUAUGUCUACAUUUUUUCCAUAUGUUCUUAAAGACAAAAGUUUAAAUUUAACUUUUUUGCAUUGACAUACUGUGGAAUCAUUGCAGUUUGUGGUGACUCAAUUACCAGUAUAUUUGUGGCCCCUCUCAUCAACAAAUUUACAUUCUUAAUGAAUUUAAAACUUGCUUUCUUGUUUGUUAGAACUGGGAUUAAUGUAGCAGUGGUUACAGAAAAAAAUACAUAGCAGGCGUAAGCAGAUUUAUGCGGGUUAUGUAAUUUUAUUUUCUGCAAUACUGUAACAUUAAUCCACAAGCAUACUUAUAAAGAAAACUUUUUAUUGAUUUUAUUUAUACCUGUACAAAUAAUCAUUCAAAGUAGCAUUAAGAAGAUUAAAUAUUGUAUUAUUGAUUUGUACAUCAUUGUAUGUUUUAUUGAUGGAUGAGCCACUGCUCAAGAAAUCUGUAGAGGUGAUAUGCUUAUUGUAUUAUUGAUAUUUUUUACCGUCAUUGUACAUUUCAUUGAUGGAAGAGCCAAUGUUUAAGAAAUCUUGCAAAAUGUUGACAGUAAAGGAAAUAUCUUUGUUUCA